AUGCCUGGGGAAUGGAGGAGAAGUGUUUUGUUGUCAGUGGUGAUGGACAGGCUGACAGAUGAGGUCAGACAGGAAUCAUCAUGGACUAUGAUGUUUGCGGAUGACAUUGUGAUCUGUAGUAAGAACAGGGAGCAGAUGGAGGAAAGUCUAGAGAGGUGGAGGUUUGCUCUGGAGAGAAGAGGAAUGAAGGUUAGUCGCAGCAAGACGGAAUACAUGUGUGUGAAUGAGAGGGUACCAAGUGGAACAGUGAGGUUACAGGGAGAAGAGGUAAAGAAGGUGCAGGAUUUUAAGUACUUUGGGUCAACAGUCCAGAGCAAUGGGGAGUGUGGAAAAGAGGUGAAGAAGCGUGUGCAGGCAGGUUGGAAUGGGUGGAGAAAAGUGUCAGGUCUGUUGUGUGAUAGAGUACCAGCAAGAAUUAAAGGAAAGGUGUACAGGACAGCAGUGAGACCAGCGAUAUUGUAUGGUUUGAAGACAGUUGCAUUGAGGAAAAGACAGGAGGAAGACAUAGAGGUAGCAGAGCUGAAGAUGUUGAGGUUCUCUUUGGGAGUGACAAGGAUGGAUAGGAUCAGGAAUGAGUACAUCAGAGGGACAGCACAUGUCAGAUGUUUUGGAGACAAAGUCAGAGAGGCCAGGUUGAGAUGGUUUGGACAUGUUCAGAGGAGGGAGAGUGAAUAUAUCGGUAAAAGGAUGCUGAGGUUAGAGCCGCCAAGCAGGAGGUCGAGAUGA